AUGUCGCCCGAGUUCUCCCGACCUCUACCCAUCCGCAUUGGGUUCACCGGUGCAUUGGCUCGAUUGAGACCGGAAUUCCGCGCCGUCUUGGCGGGCUUCUUCCCAGUUCCCGCUAUUUUCGUGCGACGUGAAGGGGCUCGGCUUAGUAUUGGCGAGGGACAUGCAGGUCUUGGCUGGAUGAAGUGA